AUGGCGGACGCUAUACCACAAAGCGAUGUUUCUCGUCCCUCUGCGCUGCCCACAGCCAACCUCCUCCAGCGCCCGAUUCAGCCGCUCGUCGACCAGAACUCGAACGAGUACCUGGAUGCCAUAGAGGAGGAGUGGAACAAGAAAGUCGACGUUGAGGUCGACACACUGGUGGACGGAAUGGUCGACCUUGUCGGGCUGGCUUCGAUCGGAGACAAGGACAAGUUCAGAAUAGCGCAAGAGUCCUACCAGGCUGAAUGCCGAGCAGAGUCAAUGAUCCGGGCAGCACAUUCUCUGCUGUCCAUCAUCCACUCCAUGAAGCUGCUGCUAUUACUGUCCGACGAGUCGCAAAUCGCAAAUCGUAGGGAUGCGGAAAUGCGGGAUGUUCAAGCAGAGAAGGACACGUUGAAGCAGGAGGUGGCGGGCAAAUUGGACGAGAUACUUCACCAAGGGCGGUCAGGACGCCGGCCGGAGAGUCAAUGA